GUCCCAUGAGCUUCUUCAAUCCUAAUUAUUGUGAAGAUCAUGCUGGAUUGAUUGCUCUAUUCCUUUCUCAUUUUGAUGAAGUAUCCAAUGUGUGAUAAUGCCUUUAUCUUUAUGCAUGGACUUUGAUUUUUUCCUCUCUUUUUUUCCUAAUUUAUUUCUCCCAACAUCAAUUCUGCACAAUCUGCUCCUUAGAGCGCAUGCAUGUCAAAUAUUGAUGCUUAAGAACUCUAGUUCACUCGCUCCUAGGUUGAUGCAGUAGUUUACUUGGUGGAUGCCUAUGACAAAGAGAGGUUUGCAGAGUCAAAGAGGGAGUUGGAUGCCCUCCUGUCAGAUGAAGCUCUUGCAAACGUUCCGUUCCUUAUCCUAGGCAACAAGAUUGAUAUUCCCUAUGCUGCUUCAGAAGAAGAGCUACGUUACCAACUUGGACUGACCAAUUUUACUACUGGUAAAGGGAAGGUGAUUCUUACACAGUCCAACGUCCGUCCUCUUGAGGUCUUCAUGUGCAGCAUUGUUCGCAAGAUGGGUUAUGGGGAUGGCUUCAAGUGGUUAUCACAAUACAUCAAAUAGAAUCAAAAGGUUUAUAGCAUGUGUCCCUGUAUUCUUGAGGACCUUCUAACUGCCAUUCAUGCAGUGUGAGGCUGGGGUUCAAUUAACCAAAAAAAAUUUAUUUGUUUCCGUUGGUAUUGGAUUUAACAGCCACAAAAUUUGGUCAAAUCAAAUGACACUUCACAAAAUUGUAUUCUCUGAAAGAUUCUGAUUGUGUGAAGCUACUUCUUUGAUAGAUUCUAAUUCUUGUCCAUUGUGUUUGUCAGUCAGGAAAAAGUGAAAAACCCAAUAAACUUUUGUCAUUUUAUGCAGUUGCAAUGUAACAAUAGAGUGAGCACCUUUUC